AUGAAAUGUUGGAGAGACCAUUGUAAGCAUAAGCUUGAGUUUUUAUGCACAUGUACAGAUCCUCCUAUUUAUUUAUGCGAUUCUCAUAUUGAGGAGCAUCUUAAAAUUCACACAAACUCCCAAAAUUUUCCAGAGCAAAUAAUAAUAAUACCAAAUCCUAUAGCCAAGCGUAAGCUUAUUAAUCAUCUCCACAAAUCAAUAUCGCAUUUAUAUAAAUCCAAACAAAAAAUUGUAAAAGACUUAUCAGCACAGAUCAUGCAGCUUAAUAAACAGAUGGAAAUUACCUUAAAAUCAUUUGACAAAGCUAUAAAAGAGCAACGGAACAUGAUUAUUAAAUUUCUUUCGGCAGAAAUUAUUAGAAUUACGUUGAAUCAUUCUGCCUUCUAAAUUUUUUUCAAAUUAUCUUUCUUAUGAACAAAAAAUUUGUUUGCUCUAAUUUUUUUUAAAAAUUUAUAUAUAAAUGUUUGAAAAAAGAGCAAAAAUAAAUUUAAUUUGCAAAAUUUAUGUUUUAAAAUCAACAGAAUUAGCUAUAGAUUUAAUUAUACUAAUUAUCACUUAUAUGCCAAUAUAUUUUUUUGUUCGCUCACGGAGGCUGGGUUUUUACCUGAAAAAUAGCAAUUUUUUAUAGUCUUAGUCUAUGAACUAGACAUUCCUGAUAUAUAUGGAUAAAGGCCACUGGGAAAACUGCAUCAUAAUGAAAAAAUUCGCUGAGAUUGGAGUUUUCGAAGAGAACUAAUUCUGAUAAUGCCAUUUUAUUAUUAUCCAGAAAUUAUAUCGAAUCCAAAUCAAAAUAUACUUGAUGCCUCAAAUUUACGUAUCGAAGAACAAAAUCCUAAAGAAGAGUCUAAUCAAAAUGAAUUUUUUAGAGAUAAUUCCCAAAAGAUUGUGAGGAUAAAUUUAUCUAAUUAUUCAUCAUCUGAAUUUCACCUUCCAUUGGAUAGUCCCAAAAGUAUGUUUAUAUCUAUGUGUUCGAUGCCUGAAAAUUCAAUUUUUUGCUAUGGAGAUUAUCCAAACUCUACAGACUCUGUAUUUAUUAUUGAGUCCGAUAAUACAAUAAGAAAGGUAAAAAAUGCACCUCAUAAAUAA